CGAAUGUGUACUCUAGACGUGUCCUGUAAAGUUGUCAGUACUUAUCGACUUAGUGUUAUUUAAUUGUUUUAUUUGUUGUUGUUUUUCAUAAUGGGAAGGACAGUGUUGGCCGAUGAAAAAUUGAUUGAAAAUCUAUGCGAUAUUUCUAAAUCCGGUGGUUUUGUUCCAGGACUUAUAGUAGGACAGUGCGCUAUUCCUAAUCAAAAAGACUACAUUGUUCAUUUACCAAUCACACCAUCACCAGGUCAAAAUCAAGAUGAACUGAUUGGUGAUGGAAAUCCAGCAGUUGAAUCAUAUGAGAAAUUACUUGAUAUUGAUGAAAGUGCCAUAUCAGAACAUGCCAGAGUGGUUACCAGGAUGUUGUCAGGUGGUAUGUGGGUUCUGGGUUUUUUCAUUGUUGGACCAGGAGAUUUAUUCUCCGAUAAAAAUUCCUUAGUUAAGCUACGUGCUAUUGCGAAUAAAAUUCACAAUUGCACAAAAGGCAAUGAUUACAUGAAUGGUAAAGAUCCAACGAACCAAAAGAUGAUUCUACAUUUUUGCUCGAUUUCCAAGAAAUACACUUGCAAGACAAUUGAAAUGGACAACCUAAAUUCAUCAAUACGCCCUGUAGAUUGGAAAUUCAAACCAUACACUACUUCCUGGUUGCAAAUAGAUUCUGUAUUAGAUUUCGAUUGGCUUCCACCAUUUUUUGUUGACCAUGUGGGAACUAAGAAAAAAUUAUUGGUUUGGUUAACAAUCAUAAUAUCUAUUCGGCCAGGAGUGUCUCAACAAGUUUAAGGAACAUCUGGAUGGUUUAAUAUAUGUCAUUAAUGGUAAUUUUUGUGAACCCGAUCAACUCUUAAAUACUAUUGAGAAAUCUAUAAAAGAAAACAAUUGUGAUGAUAAUGAAGAAGAUAAUCACUUUAAUCUCAUGUUCUUUGAAUUUAUGGAGCCACCAAAAGAUGACAAUGUUGAAGAUGCUCUUGUAAUAGAAAAAACCUCUGAGUUGAGAUUUAAUGGUAUAUUGGCUAGUAGAACCUUCGUUCAUGAGAAGGCAACUGCUGAAGAUGCUGUCAAGGCUGUGAAAGAUGACUUUGUGCGUUCUUUGGCAUCUAGGCUGGAAAUGCAUUGGCAGACAGUUGAGGAGCCAGAAGCUAAUAAUGAAAAAUCUAAAUAUUUUUUACGAUCUCCCCCAAGAAGGAUUCUUUUCAAACCGGAAGAUUCAGAGAUUGCAUUUUCGGAAUAUUUAUUUGAAGGGGAAAGUGAAGAUGAAGCUCUCCCCUGCAUAACAGAAAACUUAGGUUUUACCAAUUGUCAGAUAAUCGUCCUGGAGAAUGAUAUCCUGCUGAUAUUAACAACUUGGAAGAGGAUGUUGACAUAGCUGGUUCAACUGAUGGAACAUCUCAUUCUUCUGGAAGGAUUAAGACACAAAAGUCUAACUCAUUCCUUAUGUAUGGAAUAAUUGCUGCUGGUCUGACUCUGAUUCUUUCAUUGUUGAUCCAUUUCCUGUUUUCGUGACUCUAACAUUUAGGCACAAUUAUUUUAUUUCUGUUUUAUUUUUUUAAUCAUUUUAUACCAAUUAUAAUUUAUAUACUGUUGCAUUAUACAUAAAUCUUAUAUUUUUAAAGGUUAUUUAUUUUUU